AUGAAGGGCAUUCAAGUUCAAGAAUACGUCAAGUCUCCAACAGAGCUCAAGGUGUCUGAGCUUGCGGACCCCGUGCCCAAAGAUGACGAGUAUUUGAUCGAGGUUCGCGCCGCUGCGACCAAUUUCUUCGACGUUCUCCAGAUUGCUGGCAAGUACCAGAACCAGCCACCUUUCCCAUGGAUUGCCGGCGCCGAGUUCGCUGGCGUCGUCAUCUCCACGCCCAAGGGGUCCAAGAACCCCAGGUUUCCCAGGGGAGCUCGGGUUUUUGGCGCGUCGCAGGGAGCAUACGCCACCAAGUGUGUUGCCAAGGAGGUGUCUAUGCUGCCUGUGCCCGAGGGCUGGUCGUUCACCGAGGCAGCCGGCUUGUUUAUCACCGCUCCCACCAGCUACGGCGCUUUGGUAGUACGAGCCAAUGUGAAGCAGGGAGAUUAUGUUUUGGUUCACGCCGCCGCGGGUGGUGUCGGCUUGGCUGCUGUUCAAGUCGCAAAAGCGUUUGGUGCUACAGUCAUUGCCACUGCUUCCACGCCCAGAAAAUUAGAAGUUGCCAAGUCCUUUGGUGCAGACCACGUCCUCGAUUACAAGGACCCCGAGUGGCCUGCCAAAGUCAAGAAGCUGACGCCCAAGGGUCGCGGAGUUGACAUUGUCUACGACCCUGUUGGGCUGGUCGACAAGUCCACCAAGUGCACUGCCUGGAACGGCCGGAUUCUAAUUGUUGGUUUCGCCGGCGGCGCCAUCGAAAAAGUGGCCAUGAACAAGGUUCUUCUCAAGAACAUUUCUCUCGUGGGCAUCCACUGGGGCGCGUACAGCAUCAACGAGAGAGAAACCAUCCCCGUCGUAUGGCAGGGCAUCACAAAGCUUGUCAAGGAGGGCAAGCUUCGGGGAACAGAAUUCACAGACGAGGAGUUUGUCGGAUUAGAUAGAGUCAAGGAUGCGCUGGUCGCGUUGUCGGGGCGUGGGACUUGGGGAAAGGUUGUUGUCAAGGUGCCACAAGAAGGCGGUAGCCGUUUGUAA